CGGGGGAUUUGGUCGACAGGGAGCGUGCGCAGGCGCGGUGGGCAGCGGCCGGGCCGGGAAGAUGAGCAAACGCAGCGCCGUGUCGUUCGUGCGGCCGCCGGAGCCCGCCUUCCUGCGGCGCUUCAAGGAGGCGGUGGGGUACACGCCGGGGCCCAGCGUCCACACCAAGAGACAGCUACAGGCCCCGGUCGACAGUGACAGCGGGCCAAGCGAUGGGGAGGAUGAGCAGCCACAGGUGGUCGUGCUCCGUCAGGGGGACCUGACUGCCGAGGAAGCUACCAAGAUCAAAGAGACGGCAGAAAGCUCCGAGAAAUCCCAGCCUGUGGAUGGCAAGAUUGUGUUUCGGAAGCCAGUAAAGCGGUCUUCAGAUGACAAGGUGACGGGGGUCUUUAGUACCUCCAGCAAGAAGAAGAAGGAAGAGCAGAGCAACAGGCCAGAUGCUACAGCCUUGGAAAACAAAGCCAAGCAAGUGAAGAACAGCAGCCUGCUUUCAUUCGGAGAUGAUGAGGAAGAUGAUGAGUAGAGUGAGGGGUGCAGGGUCUGGGGGGGGAGUUGGGACAGAUCCUUCUGGUCACAUAUCCACCGAUGGACUUGCUCACAAGCUGAGGUUGGUCAAACUGUAGAGGUGACCACAGCAGCCAAUGCUCUGGGCAUUUGUCAAUGCCAGUGCCCACCUCUACCCCCUUGGAUUCAGACAACCCCAAUCCAUCAGCUCCGCACAUAUAUAUAGUCACAGUGAUAGAUCUGUACAUGACUUGUUUACUGUUCCCCGCGUAAAUACACACACACACACAUAAACACACGCGCACACACACACGCAUGCAUACACACAGGCACACACACACACAGGUGCACACACAUGCACGCGCACACACACACCCACACAUAAACACACACACCCACACACAUAAGCACGCGCACACAUAAGCACAUGCACGCAUACACACACGCACGUAUACACAUAAGCACGCACGUGCACACAUAUGCAUAUGCACACAGAAACACACACAAACAGACACACACACACACACAAAUACACACUCGGACACACACGCACUUCCCACUAUUGUAAGGUCAAUGUUGUCAUCUUGGCAUGGAUCAAGAUGGAUGUAAAAAGUUCUGGGGUAUAUUGAUAUUCUUUAUCCAACGUUAAUUGUGUUUGCAGCUUAAAGAUGGAGUGGAUUGAAUGAUGAUAUUAUGUUUAUCUUUGAAGCUGCUUGAGCUCAACUUCUGUACGUGGAAUUAUCUCUGCAUUAAAUUAGAAUGAUGGGAAUAAUAACACAGUACAACUUACUGGAGGAAAAGACAUAUGUCUGCUCUGUUGUGACGUUGAUGUGGGUCCGAUGACAACCUGCUCUUUAUCUGUCCCGGAAACCUAGUCGUCUCCUCACGCAUCUAACGACACUCCGUCACAGACCCACCACCUGACCAUAUACCACCUUGUCUCUUAUUCUGUAUUGCCUCAUUGGCAACGUUUUAUCCAUUUUAGAUUUUAAAUUCAUUGUAGACAGUUUCAGAGUUCCUCCACCUCAGUUCAGUUUAGUUUAUUGUCACGUGUACCGAGGUACAGUGAAAAACUUUUGUUGCGUGCUAACCAGUCAGCAAAAAGAUAAUACAUGAUUAUAAUCGAGCCAUUCACAGUGUACAGAUACAUGAUAAGGGAACAACGUUUAGUGCAAGGUAAAGCCAGUACAGCCUGAUCAAGGAUAGUCCGAGGGUCACCAAUGAGGUAGAUAAUAGCUCAGGACUGCUCUCUGGUUGUGGUGGGAUGGUUCAGUUGCCUGAUAACAGCUGGGAAGAAACUGUCCCUGACCUCUGUCACAGGAGAAGGUUGACAAAAUGUGAUGGAGUAACUCAGCGGGCGAGGCAGCAUCUAUAGGGAGAAGGAAUCGGCGAAGUUUCAGGUCAAGACCCUUCUUCAUAAAGAGACUAUUUUGUCCAUUGUGUGUGAUGAUGCCACGAUGAAGGAGGCCAUGUCUCCUUCACUGGUCACACUACUUCCUUGCACCACUUUACAAUGUCAUAGGGCGGGCACGGUGGCGGUAGAGUUGCCGCCUUGCAGCGAAUGCAGUGCUGGAGACCCAAGUUCCAUCCUGAUUAUGGGUGCUGUCUCUACGGAGUUUGUACGUUCUGCCCGUCACCUGCGUGGGUUUUCUCCGAGAUCUUUGGUUUCCCCCCACACUCCAAAGACGUGCAGGUUUGUAGGAUAAUUGGUUUGGUAAAUGUGGGUGUAGGAUAGUGUUAAUGUGUGGGGAUCACUGGUCGGCACAGACCCGGUGGGCCGAAGGGCCUGUUUUGGUGGUGUAUCUCUAGACAAAACUAAACUAAACAGUGUGGAAACAGGCUCUUCGGCCCAACUUGCCCACGCCGGCCAACAUGUCCCAACUACACUAGUCCCACCUGCCGGCAUUUGGUCCAUAUCCCUCCAAACUUGUCCUAUCCAUGUACCUGUCUAACUGUUUUUCAAAUGUUGGGAUAGUCCCAGCCUCAACUACCUCCUCUGGCAGCUUGUUCCGUACACACGCCCCCCCUUUGUGUGAAAAAUUUACCCCUCAGAUUCCUAUUCAAAAUGCAACAACUCAAUUUAGACAUACAGCACGAAAACGGGUCCUUCAGUCCGUCAAGUCCGUGCCGACCAGCGAUCCCGGCACACUAGCACUAUACGACCUAUUAGGGGCAUUUUACAAUGUUACAGACCCAAUUAACCUGCAAAUCUGUACGUCUUCGGAGUGGGAGAGGAAACCGGAGAAAACCCACGCAGGUCACGGGGAGAGUGUACAGACUCCGUACAGACAGCACCCGUAGUCAGGAUGGAACUCGAGUGUCUGGCGUCGUGAGGCAGUAACUUUACCCACUGCGCCACCAUGCUGCCCACAGUUCAUCCCAUCCAACACUACAGCCACCUCCUGCCUCCUUGGUCAAGUUCUUCUAAUGACCAAACUCUAACACUUGCAACAGGCCCUUUCAGCCUAUCGUUUCACGCAGAGAGUGGUGAAUCUCUGGAACUCUCUGCCACAGAGGGUAGUUGAGGCCAGUUCAUUGGCUAUAUUUAAGAGGGAGUUAGAUGUGGCCCUUAUGGCUAAGGGGAUCAGGGGGUAUGGAGAGAAGGCAGGUACGGGAUACUGAGUUGGAUGAUCAGCCAUGAUCAUAUUGAAUGGCGGUGCAGGCUCGAAGGGCCGAAUGGCCUACUCCUGCACCUAAUUUCUAUGUUUCUAUGUAUCUGUCUAAACUAAUCCCUUUAAUCUGUGCUGGUCCGGUAUCCAUAGUUGGGCCGAAGGGCCUGUUUCCGCGCUGUGUGACUCUGUCCUUCUUUGCCUUUGCUGUCCAACAACCUGUCCAAAAACCGGUAAGUGUUGUAAUUGUAUGUUUGAGUUUCUUUUACAGAUGGUGGCAGGAUAUUGCAUCCUUUCAUGGGACCAAAAUCAGAAAGGUGCCAGGACUCUAGAUAUCGUGGUCACUGUCCAGAAGCCCAGUUGGAUUUGGGAGCGGGUGAAGUGAGGGGAGCGAGUGGGGGAGGUGAAGACACCUCCGAGAGCUGUUGUGUUAGUAAGACGCAAGCUGCCGUGUGCACAGCCAUGUGCACCAUCUCUAAUGAGACCAUUCUCAUCCCAAUGCAAGUUCAUCCUAUCCCAGAGAUUCCUGUCCAGUAGCAAUCCUUCCGCAGAUGUGAGGGUCAGCAGCCGAUUGUUCCCUGCAUUCUCAAACAGAGCAGCAACAAUGAUUACUCCCCAGCACCUCGCCCUUGCUAACCAGGUACAGAGAUCUUCAUCAAGGGCCUUGAAAUCCCCUUCUCCUGACCCUCUGAGUUACUCCAGCACUCUGAAACGUCACCUAUCCAUGUGCUCCACAGAUGCUGCCUGACCCGCUGAGUUACUCCAGCACUGUGCUUUGCCCUGUGUCUACAUCCAAGUGCAACCUUUUCCUCUCCCAUAGCUCGUGCCUAUAAAUCCUCCUAAAUAAUCCAAUGUUCCCCUGUUAAUCUCUGUAGGGUAAGAUUUAUUAAUCUUGGACUUAAAUGUAACCAUUGCAUCAAUUUGCAAAGGGGAACCGUUUCAAACCUCUUCCACCACACUGUAGGAAUGAGCCCGACUUCACUGCUAAUUUCCUGGUGAGAAGUUGGUAAUAUCAGAAUCUGACUUGGUUCAUGAGCUACUUGUAAUCGGGGAGCCAUUAUACUCUGUGUUUCUGCCCUAUGGCAUUUUAUGAAUUAGUUUUUAUGGUUAAUUGUUUGAAUAAUCAAUAAGGUCAUGUUUUGGAGGCUGUAAAUUGCCUUAAUAAAGAAGAGUGGUUGCUGGAA